GUGGCCUAACUUGCUGCCGACCGUGGUUGCCAGCAAAGAUCUUAGAGCAGAGGUCUUUGGUUGCCAGGGAGGCACUUCCGGUGAGCGGCCUGGCGGCGACGUGAUUGGCUAUGAGGUGAAAUUACAAUUUAUGGACCAUGGGGGACAACUUGACGUAUGAAGCUGAACUGAAUGGUUUGAUAAAGGAGUAUUUAAGGUUUGCAGCUUUUGAAGAAACUGUGAAUAUCUUUGAUAAGGAAUGCAAAAACAAGGGAAAGACAAUCCCAAAAGCACCAGUGAGCGCUGGCCAAAAUUUUAAGACUUUGCACAUUCAGAAAGAUUUAUUUGAAGCAUUUGAUGAUGGAAAUAGAAGGGCAUUCUUCAAACUUUGGGAGCAGCACAUUUCACCUCAUGUUCGAGAAAAUGAUCAAGUGCUUCAGAAACUGGAGUUUAACCUUCAUGUUCAUUUUGCCAUCUAUCCUUUGAAGAAUACUGGAGGAAAACUUGGCAAAGAUGAUGUGGAAGAAAGAACCUCUCAUUUCAAAACGUACCUGGAAACGAGAGGGGCAGCAUUAAGUCAAACAACAGAAUUCCUGCCCUAUUAUGCACUGCCGUUUGUCCCCAAUCCCACUAUCCACCCCUCUUUUAAGGAGCUGUUUCAGGAUUCUUGGACUCUUGAUUUGAAGUUGAAAAUGCAGAAAUUUCUUUCCGCGAGCUUGAAAAUGCCCAGAGUCCCACGGCUGCUCUCGAUAUUUAAAGAAAAUGGACAGGAAUACAAAGAACUGGUGCAUCAACUACAGCAACGGUUAACAGAGACUGAGCAAAAAGCAGCAACAUACAUGAGGAGAUACAGCAAGAUACAAGAGGAUUACCAUAACCUGAUUGGAGUCACUGCAGAACUGGUGGAUUCCUUAGAAGCUACAGUAAAUGGGAAAAUGGUCACCCCAGAGUACCUUCAAAGUGUUUGUGUUCGAUUGUUUAGCAAACAAAUGAGACAAAGCAUGGCCCAAAGCAUUGACUUCACAAGGCCAGGAACUGAUGUUUACAUUAAGAGCCCUUAUAACAGUGAAGGAUCUGCUUCAUCAAUGCUGCGGGCUUCCAUAGUUCCUUCAACGAAUUCUAUUGAUGUACCUCUAUUAGCAUCUCUUGAUUAUGAAAAGUUGAAGAAUGAUUUGCUUUGUGGAAACGAUAGACUUAAGGCACUUCUGCUGCAAGCACUGCGCUGGCGGCUUACACAGUCUCAACCUGGAGAACAAAGAGAUACAGUCCUUCAGGCUUACGUUACCAAUGAUCUGUUGGAAUGUCACAGAAAGAAGCAGAGAAGUCUAAUAAAUUUAUUAAAUUCAAAGAGUGAGAUUGUUCGACAGUAUGCAGCACGACUGAUCAAUGGUUUUGCGUCGUUGUCGCAUGGCCGAACAUACUUGGCUCAGAACAUGGUAUUAUUGAAGAUACUUGAAGAGACACUGGAGACUGAGGAGGAGGAUUCCAUAACUAGAGAAAAUGUGUUAGGGGCUCUACAGAAACUUAGCCUCAGACGGAAGCUACAAUCAGCUAUGAUUAAAGAUGACAUUAUUUUCUGGCUGAUAAGAGUUCUGGAGGACUCUGAUUCUUUAUCGGAUUACACUUUGGAAUAUUCUGUUGCACUGUUGAUGAACCUCUGCCUACGGACCCAAGGUAAACGGAAAUGUGUAGAAGAUGGCAAACGAGUGUUGAAAGUGUUGUCUGAUCUUUUGGGUCAUGAUAAUUAUGAGAUAAGGCCAUAUGUGAAUGGGGCCUUGUACAGCAUUCUUGCCAUUCCUUCGUUACGCGAGGAGGCAAGAGCAAUGGGCAUGGAAGAAAUUCUACAGUGUUUUAUCAAAGAGGGGAACACUGAGAUGAACAGACAGCUUGAGUUUAUUAUAAAGCAACUUAAUUCAGCAGAGGAGAGGUUUGAAUCAGAUUCUGAUGAUGAAGAGGAAGAUGAUGAUGAAGAUGACCCAGAUGCGAUGGAAGCUGACUUGGACAAGGCUGAGAUAUUGAAACCUCAGCCUGGAGAGUUAUCAGGAGAAAGGCUACUGACGGCUGAGUACCUUGGGGUGGGUGUUCAUUGUCAGACAUCUGGACACACUAUAAUGACAAACACAAUGAGGGCUAAAAGAAAGCUAGUGGGACCUUUGAAAGAAAGUAUUGAUGAGCCCCUCCGCCGACCAGUCACCCCAGGCAUGCACAGGUUGGGUUAUGUACCGUUGGGAAUUGCUCUGGAAAAACACGAAAGUAGAUGUCCCAGUACAGAGAGCGACCUGUAUUCACAGCAAAACUCUCGGCCACCUACUCGAAGUGGGAACCGAACAAGUGAUUCUGAGUUUGGUGCUUCACCUAUUGGCUUUGAUCACAAUACAUCAAUUAGUAAUAGUGAUCAGGAGCUUGUAGCCACUUCAUGUUCAGUCGAUAUGCGGUCACCUGGAAAAUUGCAUAGAGAAUCUAUCAGGCAAAAGGAUUACAUUGCUGCAUUUAACAGUAGGCCCAAGAUUCCAAGGACUCCAGAUACAACUAUAAGUCCACGUAGAGUCAAAACUCCAACAAUUGUCCCUCAGUUUUCUCAAUCUGGCCCUCAACAAACAAGUCGUCCAACUUCUGCUGGGUCCUCUCACAUGAGCAGCCUAAGCAGCCAGUCAUUCAGGAAAUGACGACACAUCUUUCCUCAGGAAUCACCUGCUAAAGUUUUCAAAACUUAGCCAACUUCCUAUAAUGGUUCUGCUUCUCAAAGGCUAUCUACAGAGCUCGAGUUGGAAAAAUGAGUGGGAUUAUGCGAUAGAAAGGGAUCAUGCCAGAAACCUUGCGUGUGCUUUUUGUACAACAUGACUAAAUGAACACUUCAGAAAUAUAAAUAAUAAUAAUUUAUUCCUGUGUUUUAUUGCAAUUUCAUUUUUUUUAAUUUCAUUUUUUUAUAUAGAUGUCUUAGCUUCUGUUUCUGAUACUUUAAAACUUGUGCAAUGCUUGUUUAUAAUUUCAAUAAUUUUGAGCAAUCUACUUGUAUUUUACCAUCUUGCCUUGACAAUGAAAUAAAUAAAAGCCUAAUCUGAAAAUGUAGCAAAAGAACGUGCACUUGUCUGAAGUAAUAGCUUGUGCUAGAUUGAUUUUAAAAUUGAUGUGUUUACUUAUCUUCAGUGUUUGCAUUGUAUUUGAUGUAUCAAAGAAAAAUAAAAUCUGUUUUUUAUAAA